AUGCUGCUGAGACAGAGAGGAACCACGAGAGCAAAGCUCCAGGCGGAUCAUCACAUCCUGGACAGACAGAGACAGGACGCAGAGCGGGACAAAGUGGUCCAGUUCUGCAGGAAGCAGCAGACCUGUGACAUCAAGAACUCGUGGCUGCAGAGUUCAGAGCGUCUCUUCCUGAGAGGAACCGUGGACAGACACAUCAGAGCCGCCGUCAGCCAACAUGAGCUCAGCCUGGAGGACAGGAGGGACAGGCUUCGUGGUGUCCUGGAGACAGAGGAGCAGCAGCUGCUGCAGGAGAUGGAGGAGAAGAAGGAGACAUCAGUGGAGAGACAAGCCAAGAUGAGACAACGAGCCAGAGCUCUGAGAGACAGACGAGAGACUGAAAGACAACAGCUGGUGUCAGAGAAGCUGGAUCAGCUGUUCAGGGAGCAGUGUGAGGAGGUGCGCAGUGUGCAGAGCAGGCAGAAGGAGCAGCAGGUGUGUGAGGAGCGGGCGGUGCAGCUGAGGAGCAGAGAGGAGCAGCAGCAGCAGCAGCAGCAGGAGGAGCAGCUGUUCCAUGAGCUGUGGGAGGCCGACAGAAGAGCCAAGGAGGAGCGAGAGAGACAGAAAGGACAGAGACGACAGCAGAGAGACGCGGAGCAGCUGGACGCUCUGAACGCUCAGACACAGGCGGCCGAGAGACAGAGACAGGAGGACAAACAGCUGAGAGAGGAGGAGGCGCAGCUGCUGCUGCAGCAGCAGCAGCUGGAUCAGCUGCAGCAGCAGCGGGAGCAGCAGCAGCAGCGCAGGGCUCAGCAGAGCAGACGGCAGCAGCUGGAUCAGGGUCUCCGGCUGAAGAUGAAGCGUGUGUGCAGAGAGCAGCAGGAGGAGCUGCAGCUGGACAUCAGCAUCCUGCAGCAGCUGCUCAAAGAGGAGAGUGAUGAGAGACAGGAAGCUGCUCAGAGGAAGGCGGAGCUGCGGGCGGAGCAGCAGAGGUAUCGACAGUAUCUGUCAGACGAGCUGCAGCAUCAGAGGAGCGAGGAGGAGCAGAUGGAGCAGCUGAUGGAGGAGAAGCUGAAGGAGACGUGGAGUAAAAGAGAAGAGCAGAGCCGACUGCAGCGAGACGCUAGAAACCGUCUGAUGAGUGAAGUGAUGGAAGCUCGACACCUGCAGAUCCAACACAAGCUGGACGUGAACGUGCAGAAACAAGCAGAACUCUCUAAAGACAGAGACGAGCUGAUCCGGAUCAUGGAGGAGACGAAGCUGAUGGACGAAGAGGAGAAGAGACGUCAGCAGCAGACGUGCGCCGCGUACCGGGCCGACCUGCAGGCUCAGAUGAAGCACCAGCAGCAGCUGAAGCUGGAGCAGAAAGCUCAGGAGCAGCAGGAGCAGCUGCAGGGUUUGAUCCAGCAGCAGUUGUACCAACAGAGGAAAGAGCGGAUCCUGUCCAGACCGCUGUGCUCGGCUCCUCACCCGUUCAGGAGGGACGAGGACAGCUGCAGCGCGGCCGUGGACCGCCUCAGCCUCACAUAG